AUGCUAGUUGUCUCCGUAAUACUUGCAUGGAAGACCCUGAGGGGAGCUCGUGGCAAUUGGAUGUCAUACCAUAGGGGGGAAGCUCAUGACAUUCCAGCUAACCAGAAACGAAGUAGAAAAGGGAACUCGAGAGAAACGAGAGGAGAUACAUCAAUGGGGGCAUUGACGGCAUCACUGAUAGCCAUAGUAGGUUUGGCAUUAAGCUGGAUCACCAUCGAAAUCGCCUGCAAACCUUGCCUCGAUCAAGGCCGUGAAGCCAUUGAUCGUACUCUGAAUCCGGAUUAUGAUCCCGACGACGACGAUCCUCGCCUACCUCUAAAUCCAAACCCUACUCCUUCAGAUCAAACCGAUUCCAGUUCCACAAUCGUCAAGACUGUUUGA